AUGCUUUUAUCCAAGAUCUUGCAAAUCAAAAUCCUUACUAUGCUUGCUCAAUCUUAUCCUCUUGGGUCAUUAGAAGGUCAAGUAGCCUUAAAGAAUAAAGGGAAAACAAGCCCAGAAUCUCCCGUCUCCAAAAACAAAGCAAGCAAGAAUAAAUCGCCUGCUGUUAUUGAUGCUGAGAAACAAAAUGGCGCAACAACAGCUUCUUCAAAUACCUCUGGGAAACAAAAUGAUGAAACAACCAAUAAAGGCGCCCUAUUAAAGUCUAAUGACAAAACAACUAACAGUGGAACCUCUGCAGACUCUCCAACUAAAGCUAACCUGGAUGGGCAAUCUCCAUCAUCAACUUCUAAAUCGAUUAAAUCUAAAGCAUUGAGCGGUGCUGAAAAUGCUGGUGAGCUUGCUGUUGCUGGUGGUGCUAUUGCUGCGUUGGCAGACCAAUUUGUAUCCGCUGAUUCUGAUUUCGCCGAUAUCGCCACCUCUGCUUCUGCUGCGGUCUCAUCGAGUGCUUGCGUUCCAUCAGCCGAGAACUUGUGUCCAGUUGAUGGUGGUACCUAUACUGAUAGCGAGAAUGAUACCUAUAAUUCUCUUGGUCUGUUGAUCAGUUAUGCCAGUGAUACUGUCAGUGAUACUGCCACUGACUCUGCCAUUGCUACUGCCACUACUGCUAUCUGA